ACUCAGCACUGUUACUUAACACAAGCUGUUGGAUAUAAUAUAUCUAUCUUGGUACUGGCGUCUACGACUUUGACAGCUAAAUGUUAGCUAGCUGUACUGGCAAUGGAGAAGACACCCCCGCUAUGGUGGUAGCGAUAGAGAAACAGGAAGGCUGAGAUGACUGUCCACAACCUGUACAUCUUUGACCGAAAUGGCACCUGUCUCCAUUACAGCGAGUGGAAUCGGAAGAAGCAGGCUGGAAUCUCCAAGGAGGAGGAGUAUAAACUGAUGUAUGGGAUGCUGUUCUCCAUACGCUCUUUCGUCAGCAAGAUGUCUCCUCUCGACAUGAAGGAUGGUUUUCUGGCUUUCCAGACCAGCCGCUACAAACUUCACUACUAUGAGACGCCCACUGGGGUGAAGAUAGUGAUGAACACUGACCUGGGCGUGCCCAACUGCAGGGACGUCCUGCAUCAGAUCUACAGCACGCUGUAUGUGGAGUACAUAGUGAAGAACCCGCUGUGUCCUCUGGGGGAGACUCUGCAGAGCGAGCUCUUCAGCAGCAGACUGGAGUCCUUCAUCAGAGCUCUGCCUUUCUUCAGCGCUCGCGCUGGCUGAAGGAGGGAGGACCAGCAGGAAGCGGAAGGAUAAAAAAAGCUGAUGAAGAGAGAGAGGUGCGCUGGGAAUUCCAAACUGCUCGCACCCUCGCCUCCUACUACCCUGUGCGAUCAGUGAGCUGUGAUUUUCUGUGAGUGAGAACUGUGAGUGACGGUAUGUAUUGGAAGCUGAGGGUAGUAGGGAGUGAAGGACCGAGGGGUUUGGAGGGAGGGAGUGAGGAAGAGAGACACAGUGGGUGAACUGUGGAUUUACCAGUGGGAAAAGACUCUUGUGGUGUGGUGGGGGGGGGGGGGGUGGUUGUCAUUUC